AUAUACUUAAAAAAAUUUAAAAAAAGAGAGAUUAGAGUACUAAAUUUGGCAGGAUUAAUCUAUGAUCACGUGCCUAAGUCACAUGAUCACACCGAAACUGCAACAACUAAUCUGUAACUCAGACUCAUAGCUUGAUAGUCAAACAAACAUCACAUGAUCCAACAUGCAUAUGAUUCCAACAAGAUCUUGCACAUAUAUAUAUGACUGAAUGGACUGGAUGAGCUCAACCACACUUAUAAAUCUCACUGUAAAAGCCAAACUCCAUCGUUAUUGUAUCUACGCGAACAAACACUGCAACACACCAUCAAAACAGAGCACAUCAGUUAUGAAAUCCAACCUGAGUGUGGUGGCAUCGUUGCUUCUUGCACUGGUGUUGAUUUUGCAUUCCAACGUGCAAGGAGCUCGAGCCGGGAGAACCCUUUUGGAGAGAGAGAGUGUAUCUACCUCGGCUACAAAGUCUUUAAAGGGAUUGGAUGUAAAACAGAAUAUUCCGUACAAGAAGGAGAAGUCGAGCUUCAGAAGAAUACCUCCUAGCAGAUCAAAUCCCACACAAAAUAAGUCUAAUCAUCCAUAGAGAAGAUAGAACCUGUCUUUGGCAUAUUAGAAUUCGUCGUUUCUUCUAGGAGAGGACCACUUUGUUGCAACUUCGGAUUGCAACCAAUUUUGCUGUAACUGCAA